GCCCGGGAGUCUGUGCGGCUGAGGAGGAAGAGCCGCCGUCGACGUCCAUAGUGGUGGUGAAGGAGGAGGAGGAGGAGGAGGAGUGUGAGGAGGGGUGUGGCGGAGGCGGCAGCAGCAGCAGCAGCAGCAGCAGCGACGGUGCCGGCUGGGUUGGGAAGAUGGCGGCGGCGGCGGCUGUUCCUGUGAACCUGCGGCUCGGAGACUUGGUGUGGGGGAAGCUGGGCCGAUAUCCUCCUUGGCCAGGAAAGAUUGUUAACCCACCUAAGGACCUGAAGAAGCCACGGGGGAAGAAGUGCUUCUUUGUCAAGUUUUUUGGGACUGAAGACCAUGCUUGGAUUAAAGUGGAACAGCUGAAGCCUUAUCAUGCCCACAAAGAAGAAAUGAUUAAAAUUAACAAAGGCAAGAGGUUCCAGCAAGCUGUGGAUGCUGUAGAAGAAUUCCUAAAGAAGGCCAAAGGCAAGGACCAGGCGUCUUCUCAUAACUCCACUGAAGAGAAGAACCGGCGGAAUUCCAGCGAAGAGAGGGGCAAGCAGUCAGUGGGAGAGGAGAAACACAAAGCCGGGUUGUCUGAAGGGAAGCCGAAAAAGAGAGUAUCCUCAGUUUCCUCCGAGCGAGGAUCAAAAUCCCCGCUGAAGAGAACGUAUGAGCAAAGCCCCCGGAAGCGAGGGCGCCCCCCCAAAGACGAGAAGGACCUGACAAUCCCUGAAUCAAGCACAGUGAAGAGGAUGAUGACUGGUACCGUGGCUGGCUUUAAAUGGCCACCGAGUGUAAACGAGCCUGUGAAAGAUGGCGACCCGCAUUUCCAUCACUUCCUGCUUAGCCAGACAGAGAAGCCCGCUGUUUGCUAUCAGGCCAUCACAAAGAAGCUGAAGGUGUGUGAAGAGGAAACCGGCUCCACGUCCAUCCAGGCGGCAGACAGCACGGCUAUCAACGGCAGUAUCACUCCUACAGACAAGAAGAUAGGGUUCCUUGGCCUCGGCCUGAUGGGGAGUGGCAUCGUCUCCAACUUACUAAAAAUGGGUCACACUGUCACGGUCUGGAACCGGACUGCGGAGAAGAACCCUGAGAUCCACCAACUGGAGUGUGAUUUGUUCAUCCAGGAGGGGGCACGGCUGGGAAGAACCCCCGCUGAAGUGGUCUCGACCUGUGACAUCACCUUUGCCUGCGUAUCUGAUCCAAAGGCAGCCAAGGAUCUGGUGCUCGGUCCUAGCGGAGUGCUCCAAGGUAUACGUCCGGGGAAGUGCUACGUGGACAUGUCCACUGUGGAUGCAGACACUGUUACAGAACUGGCCCAGGUUAUUGUAUCCAGGGGUGGUCGUUUCCUGGAAGCACCAGUUUCAGGGAACCAACAGCUAUCUAAUGAUGGGAUGCUGGUGAUAUUAGCUGCUGGAGACAGGGGCUUAUAUGAAGACUGCAGUAGCUGUUUCCAAGCAAUGGGGAAGACCUCUUUUUUUCUAGGGGAAGUGGGCAAUGCUGCCAAGAUGAUGCUGAUCGUGAACAUGGUCCAAGGAAGCUUCAUGGCCACAAUAGCAGAAGGAUUGACUCUGGCUCAAGUGACUGGUCAGUCCCAGCAGACCCUUCUGGAUAUCCUCAACCAGGGACAGCUCGCCAGCAUCUUCCUGGACCAGAAGUGCCAAAACAUCCUGCAAGGAAACUUUAAACCGGAUUUCUACCUGAAAUACAUCCAGAAGGAUCUCAGAUUAGCCAUUGCACUAGGCGAUUCUGUCAACCACCCAACUCCCAUGGCAGCUGCAGCCAAUGAGGUCUACAAACGGGCAAAAGCAUUGGACCAAUCUGACAAUGACAUGUCUGCUGUGUACAGGGCCUACAUCCACUAGGCCACCCUAUUCUUAUUGUUAAUACCAUGAUUAUUAAUUAUGAUGCUGAUGAAUACUGGGUUUUAACUCUGGACCAGUCCAUCUCUUUUGUGUCUGUCUCUCUUUCUCUUCCAUCACCCCCUCCCCAUUUUGUUUUUUUUAAUACAAAAACUCUUUGAGAUCUGCCACUACGGCAGUUGCUACAGCCACGACGGCAGUUGCUACAGCCACAAGGGUAGCCGCUACAGCAAGCUCUCCUGUGCCAGCAGCAGCAGCAGCAGCAGCAGCAAGAGUAGGAGGAGAAGGGGUUGGAUCAUUGCCAUCUUGACAACAAAUCUACACCACAUGCCGAGAGUCACGGAAUGGAAGUGGUGGAAGGUGACUCUUGCCAGAAAAUCUGCUGCUUGGCUCAUUUGUAUGACUGUCCCUUGUUUGUUUCUGUUUCUAACUGCUGUUUUCACUUUGCUGUGGGUAAUAAUAUACAUUGGCCUCUCUUGUGCGUUAGGGACAGUUGAAAGACGAAUGCCCCACCUCUGUGUAAAUCUGUAUGGCUCUAGGCCUGGAUUGGGAUGGGCACCUGCCUGCUGUGCUUGUUCUUUUCCUCUGAGGAAAUGGUCAGAUCAAGAAGGUGAUGGAGCUUAAAUGAGCACGGUAGGUGAGAGCGUUCCCCACUUCAACGUCUCAGUAGAAUUGUUUCUUAGAAGAAAAACAGUCUUCAUCCAUGCUUUCUCUAUGGGGAAGGAGGUUUGUUUUUAGGAAACAGACUGGUGUAUGCGUGUGGUAUGCAGAAAGCAUGUAGAGACUCUUGAUUCCCAAAAGGCUAAUCCAUUCUGAAUAUCGCUGUAAACCCCUAUAUUUUUAAAUGAGUGAAGGUAGAAAUUUUGGUGUCUUCCUUUGGUUUUAAAUUGGAGCACACGUGCAUCUAUGGCUGUUUGCAAGGGUUUAUUUGGAUUCUUUUAGUGUUGCCAAAUAGCCACAGGGCAAGAAAGUAUGAUCAGAGAGAUUGGCUUCAGGAAACCUCAAACUCUAAACCAAAAAGCUUGAGUUUGAAGUUUUCCCUCCUGUAAAAUUGGAGGAGAUAAUGCCUGUUUCACAGCAAAGACAUUAGCAGUGAUUGAUAAGGGCAGUGCCAGCAAGCUAUGAACUGACAUGGCAUAAUCUCGUGGUGAAGUUGUGAAUUAUCCCAGGAGCAGACGGACCAAGUAGCUGUGUUUGGGGAAUACCUAGUGAAAUAAGAGACCGGCUUCUGCUGAUGAGGCCUGUUACCGUGCUGAUCCCAUAGAAAGUCAAGCUGGAUCCCAAAGAAUUCAAAAAAUCCCCUUAAAACAACCAGCUGCCCUUAAAUAAGGGCAAGUCUUUUAGCUCAGCUGGUCUUGACAACAUGCUUCUCCAACAAAACAGCUGGUAUCGCAUGAACCAUGUCAAAUUCCCUCUGGCGGCCCUUGAACUUUCAAAAUGGAAUGCAAGGCUGCGAGAAGGGGUUGUUUUACAAAACAGUGGAGUCAAUGUGUGCCUACCAAAUUACAAAGCUUUUCCAAACGCAGAGGUUUUCUUCUUUUGAGCUCUGCUAGUGUUUGAAGAGAGCCCUACGCUCGCGCUUAGAAUGCCCCAGCUUGGACACUUCGCCUCUUUGCAGGCUGAAUAUUUCACAUUUGCAUAGGCAGCCUACAUCUAUAGAGUCCAACAAUGCAUAGAACAAUUCUGCACAAUCAGAACAUCUCAGUUUUGUGGUGAUCAUAUCAUGUGGGUUAGGGCUACCUGUAUAGGACUGUGUGGCUGUGUAGGUCCCAAUGCAAACCUGAAAUCCAAGCUGUGAAAAUCAGCUGGCCGUAAGAGCAUCUCCAAGUGCAAGCAGUCCUUUUAACCUUUGUAAACCACCCAGAGUGCUUCAUCUAUGGGGCGGUAUAUAAAUGUAAUAAAUAAAUAAGGUAGGCUUUUGUAUUCGAAACUCCCGAGAGUGAAAUUUUAGUGAGCACCAACUCACUUUAUUAGCGUUCUAGUCUUGCAGAAACACAUGCUCCAGAUACCGCUUUUUACUUGUGUGAUGUAGACAACCCACCUGGAAAAAGAAGCAAAUCAGUAGGUUCAUCUAGAGUCUUCAACUCCUAGUUGUGUUUUCCAGCGCAAACAGCCAUCAGAUUAUUGCUUUUUCCUACACUGGAAACUAAGAAAUACACAGUUGUGAAUGUAUUGAUCUGUACUCCAGAUGGAUCUUGUAAGGACAGCUAGGAUCUCUCAGUUAGAAGGCCUGUCUGGGGGAGAUGUUCUCAUUAGAGAUGCUUCUUGAUCCUCAUGCUGGUUGAUUUCAAAUGACAGCAAGACCACUGUUUUCCUGACGAGCCUUUGCCGCUUGUGAGGGAAAGGGGGAGGACUUCUUAAUCUCGUGAGAAAUGUCUGUAGAAAACCUAAAACAUGUCGACAGAAAUACCCAGUCCCAGAACACUUUUAUUUUGCCUUCAAGUGAAAAAUCCAAACUGAGCUGGGAGUGGAAGAGAACUGCAGUGUCUUCCAUUAAAGGCCUGCCUUGUGGUUUCUUUGGCAAGGAGAAUAAAGACCUGCUAAAGGUGUGGGCCUUCCUGUGGGACUGCACAGUUAUUGAUAAACCAAGGAAGACUGAGAGCACUCUGAGAUGAAAGCAAAGGGGUGCGGCAGGCACUCGUUCGUCUCCAAUGGCAUUUCAAAAGAAAGCCUUGUUUACCUUGUUGGCAGCAAAACAAUAAAGCAUGUGGUGCCUUAAAAGAUGUAUCGUGGCAUCAGCUUUUACAGGUCAGGAGUGUGCUCUGGCCCACAAAUUUUAUACCACAAUAUAUUUUUUAGGUUUUAAGGUGCCACAAGGCUAGUUGUAGCGAUUUUGUCUCUCUGCUCCAAGAGCCAAUUUUGUUCAAAAAUCCUUUUGCAGGGUCUCUUCAAAUUCCAUUUGGUGCAGGAGGGGAAGGGUGGAUUCCAAGAGAAUAUGAUGGAACUGGUUUAGUCAUUGUUGUCUUAAUAUUGUUGACAAUACUGUAAAGUUCCUUUUUAAUGGGGAUUUCUGUUUUAGCAAUUGCUCCCCCUCUCUCUUUUUUUUUUUGGUUCCUUUUUAAAGAGAAAAAUGUGACACUUGUGGAAAGCUUGUAAGAAAAAGCAGUUUUCUUUUAAUUCCCUUUCCUUCGAUGACCGAUCUAUAGGUAAUAAGGUUGUGAAUUUUUUUUUUAAUUUUUUUUUGCCUUGUUUUUAAUUAACGUUUGUCAUUCAGAAUAGGAUGUGUGGUGAUGAUUAAAUGGCAAAAACAGAAAUGAUUUUUUUUUUCUUGUGCAAUUAACAAAGCUACUGGCAAAAGGAAAUAAAACCUUUCUUGGUAACACA